AUGAGUGGGGCAAAGGCUUCACAGUCAGAGGAGCUGAUCCGAGGUAAAUGCAUUAUUAAGGGUCGAUUGCUUGAUGUGCUGUUUGAUCUGGGUGCUACGCACUCUUUUAUAUCUGUGGACUGUGUGAAAAGUCUGAACUUGGAGUUCGAGGUGGACUUGAUUUGUUUACCUCUUUCUCAAUUGGAUGUAAUUCUGGGAAUGGAUUGGCUUGCUGCCAACCAUGUGCUGCUGGAUUGUAGGGAGAAAACCUUGAUUUUUGGGGCAACAGUUGCAGAGGUUCCAAGGCUGAUGAGUCAAGGUGCAUGGGAGAACAUGGUGAACGCCAAGGCUUUUAUGAUUAUGUUUUCAAUGGAAGCCGAAUGUGUGGUGGAGCCAGAGUAUAUUCCAAUAGUCAAGGAUUUCUUAGAAUUUACUAUCGACCUCAUUCUAGGAGCAAGUCCAAUUUCUGUGGCACCUUACAGGAUGUCGCCAGUGGAGUUGGUAGAGGUCAAGAAGCAAGUAGAAGACUUGUUGCAAAAAUGA